AUGUCGUUGAUUCGUGCCGGUAGUGGAGAAGUGACACUACACCGGAUAUCCGAGACCAAAGUAGUUGUGUAUGAUCGCUCAAGCCGCCAAUUGACGGUAGUUCCGUCGCCUAACGACCCGCCGCCGCGUGGGCCGAAUGAGCAUUGUCCGACGUGUGGACAAAGAAUUGACAGACCAUUCAACAAGCACGACUUAUUCCCCGAAUACUUUAGUCUCUUGCAAAGUGUUGGGCUGGACGACUCGAAGCCGCCGGUGAAAACAGGCAUUUCGUCGACUGCGUUGAGCCAGGGCUACUUUGACCGAUUUUUCAAAACAUUGCGGCUAUUAGGACGUGGGUCCCGGGCCUCAGUAUAUCUCGUCGAACACAUGCUUGAUAAUUUAUCAAUUGGUAAAUUCGCGCUCAAAAAGGUCCCUGUAGGCAACGAUCGGGAAUGGCUCGAGAAGGUGCUAUCAGAAGUACACCUACUGCGACAAUUGUCACACAGCAACCUGGUGAAAUACAAUCACGUGUGGCUUGAGCUUUCCAGCCCGUCCUCGUUUGGUCCAGAGGUACCAUGUGCGUUUAUACUCCAAGAGUAUUGCGAGGGCGGCACUCUGGAGGACUAUGUUUUCCAGCGAAAGACCAAACCCACACGCCGCUUAUCGGCAGUAGAUUCAAGUGAAAAGCUUGAACUUGGGGACGAGUAUGAUCGUAGUGACGAUGGCCGGCUUUCAGUCUACGAGAUCAAGAGGUUCAUGAUCGACAUCACAGAGGGAACCCGAUACCUCCACGAGAAAGGAGUGAUACACCGUGACCUGAAGCCCUCGAACUGCCUACUGCAGUACCGCCACGCCAAUGAUCUUCCAACCGUGCUUCUAUCAGACUUUGGCGAGAGCCAAUUGGAAGGAACCAUGCGUCAUGGCACGGGAUCCACAGGCACGCUGGAGUACUGUGCGCCAGAGCUGCUUCGACCACUGAACGGGCAGCUGCCAUUGUUUUCGAAAAGGUCAGACAUGUUCUCAAUUGGCAUGAUACUGCAUUUUCUCACCUUCUCAGAUCUGCCCUACUCCGAUGCCUGGCAGUCUCACGGCGACCUAGAGGCCCUCAAAGCCGAAGUGGCCUCGUUCGCGUUCAACUUUGGGCACAGCAACACAAGCAUGCACAGAACAGACCUUGGUGCGCUUAUACCGUUGAUGAGAAACCUGCUGGGUGCACCAGAAGUUCGUCCCACCGCCAACGUGCUGUUAACGGCUCUUGAGUUCGUGGACGUCCCUCAAGUCCCGCCCCAAGCCAUAGGCAAGCGAUUGCCGGCAAUUACACAGGAUGCUAUUCUGAGGAUUAUAAAAAUAUUGAGUGUAUGCAUUAUACCAGCGUCACCAACGAUACUCCGCGUUCUUGGAUCGCUGGCGGCUGCCGAAUGUGUGAUAGGGUGGCCCGUGCAUUUGUUUGUGGGGCACUGGGCAAUUCUGCUGGGGGCCAAGAUAUACGACCAGUACACAAAUUAA